AUGGCCGCCAAAUUUCCCGGAGUGAUCGCUUUGUUCGACGUCGACGGUACUCUCACAGCUCCUAGGAAGGAAGCUACUCCAGAAUUGCUUGCUUUCAUCCGAGAAUUGCGCAAGGUCGUCACUAUCGGAGUCGUCGGUGGAUCUGAUCUAAGUAAGAUCUCUGAGCAGCUUGGGAAAACAGUCACUACCGACUAUGAUUAUUGUUUCUCUGAGAAUGGUCUUGUUGCCCAAAAAGAUGGGAAAUCCAUUGGAAUCCAGAGCCUGAAGCUGCACCUUGGAGAAGAUAAACUCAAGGAGUUGAUAAAUUUCUGUCUGCACUACAUUGCUGACUUGGAUAUUCCAAUUAAAAGGGGUACAUUUAUAGAAUUCCGAAAUGGGAUGCUCAAUGUAUCACCGAUUGGUCGCAACUGCAGCCAAGAAGAAAGAGACGAAUUCGAGAGAUAUGAUAAGGUUCAAAACAUUCGAUCAAAGAUGGUGGCUGAACUUCGUGAGCGGUUUGCGCAUCUUAACCUCACUUUCUCGAUUGGAGGACAGAUUAGCUUCGAUGUCUUCCCUAAAGGUUGGGAUAAAACUUACUGCUUGCAAUACCUUGAGGACUUCAAUGAAAUUCAUUUCUUCGGUGACAAAACCUAUGAGGGUGGAAACGAUUAUGAAAUCUACGAAUCACCAAAAACAAUUGGUCAUUCAGUCACGAGUCCAGAUGACACCAUGGCAAAAUGCAAGGCUCUGUUCAUGUCUUGA